GAUCACAGUGAGGGGAGGGCUGCAUGGGGAGCUAGAAAGACAAAACAAAAGCCACACAUUUCAACCAACAGGCGCGGGUCGCUUUUUAUUUUUUUGUAAACCAAGACAAAUUUGAUUCAUUAUUCAUAUUGAUUUCUGUUUAACGGCAAUAUUAUAAAACUUCUGCAUCAUGCCCAGUAGCACGUCUUUGCUGGAGGCCGACGAGGGAGAGUCCGAGGUCCCACCGCCGCUAGUGCACGCUUUCGCCGGUAUGGGCCUUGACGAGCACCACGGCACCCAGAGCCAAACCCCCGAACAAGGGGAUGAAAGCCUCCACUUUCAUCACCACCACCACCAGCUCCCCCCGGUUUCUCACUUCAGCCUCCUCGGUACGGUGCUAGACUUGAAGCCCCUGCCUCUGCAUCGACCGCCCUCGGGAGAUGAGGUGAACAUAACGGCGGUGCACGAAGACGAGGAGCCGGAGGUUGUACCCGCCCUCGACUCCUCGGGUUGCGCCGGUAGCUCCUUGCUAGCGCAGGCCCACCGCCACCAACACCUCGCGUCGGUGCCGGGUGGCUCCGUGAUGCCGUCCAGGAUGGAGCCGCCGCACGUCGAGACGGUCUUGUUGUACAACGGAGAAGAGCAGGAUGAUACCGGGGUCGGCGGCAGCGCAUUACCCCCGGGCAGCAGCAUGGUCAUUCCGCCGUCCGGCGUGUACGGAGAACCGGGCUACGAGGCCGAACCUUCGCUGUUGACUCGGCGAAAGAGCGUCAACACGACCGAGUGUGUGGCUGUGCCGAGCUCCGAGCACGUCGCGGAGAUCGUGGGCAGGCAGGGCUGUAAGAUUAAGGCACUUCGAGCCAAGACCAACACCUACAUCAAGACACCAGUGAGGGGCGAGCAGCCUGUCUUUGUUGUAACAGGGCGCAAAGAAGAUGUGGCCAUGGCUAAGAGGGAGAUCCUGUCUGCGGCAGAGCAUUUCUCCCUCAUCAGAGCCUCUCGGAACAAGACGGGCCCUCUGUCCUCUGUAACUGGUCCAGGAACCCCCACUCUACCUGGACAGACAACCAUUCAGGUGCGGGUACCCUAUCGUGUUGUUGGACUGGUCGUGGGUCCCAAAGGGGCAACCAUCAAACGCAUUCAACAACAAACCCACACCUACAUUGUGACGCCGAGUCGAGACAAAGAACCCGUGUUCGAGGUCACCGGGAUGCCGGAGAACGUGGACCGGGCGAGGGAAGAAAUAGAGGCACACAUCGCCCUCCGCACGGGAACCUGUGGGGGUAUCGAGGCUCCAGGUGUAGACAACAAUGACUUUCAAUUCAACGGGACGGACGUCAGCUUUGAGAGCUCUGCAACACCAGUUGGGUUGGGGGAGGCUGGGUGGCUUCAUGCAGGUACUUCAUCACCGAGUAGUGGUGGUGGCGGCGGCAGCGGCUUGCUGCCAAUGAGCAUCAACGGUACUCAGCGAAUCAAUAGCAAUAUUAACAGUGGUGUCAGGAUGUCUUCCACCUACCGCAAUGACAGCUCCAGCUCCCUGGGCAGCGGCUCCAGCUCGGCCGAUUCUUUCUACGGCAGUGGGAAUGGUAACCGGAUGGCAGAUUUCAGCCCGACCUGUCCAUUCAAUGCCAAUGCUAACAACAACAACAACAGUAACGCUGGCAGUACAGCUUUGUGUUUUAGUGAGAGCCUUCUUCCCGUGGGGUUUGAGGAGCUGGUCACUCUCGGAGGUGGAGGCUCCUCCUCAGGAAUUGACCCGUUAACCAUCUCCACUGCCCAAGCCUCGCACCCCGCUGCACAGCCACACAUCUGGAGCCCCUUUGUGGACCACCAGCCCCCCCAGGCCUUUGAUGUUCUUCAGUCUCAGACCAGCCAGCCUGGGACGCCUCGGCUCUCUCCAACCUUCUCUGGGACAGAAGCCCUGGAGCACCCUCAGGCCCAGCGUGUUCACCGAGGGCCUUUUGGUUCGGCCGGGGCCCUCGACGCCCACAGGUUCCCCUCUUACAGCUCGGCCUUUUCCUCUUCCAGUGAAAGCACCACCUCCUCUUCUUCUCCUCCCGAUUUCUCCCUCUCCUACCGACCGGGGCUCGGACCAGCAGCCGGGAGAGGACAGGAGAUAUGUAUCCACUGUAUGGAUAACCAGGUGAUCGCUGCCUUGGUUCCCUGCGGCCAUAACCUCUUCUGUCUAGAUUGUGCCACCCAGAUAUGCCAGGGUCCAGAGCCUGUGUGCCCCGUGUGCCUGUCCCCGGUCACACAGGCCAUUCAGCUCCGCAACAUGUGAUUUUAAUCCAUUUACUUUGAUGGCUGAUGAGGGAUCAGCCUCCCCAACACUUCCAACUCAUUAUACAUGCGUGUGGGGGAAAUUACAAAACUGACCCCAAAUCAGUGUCUAGGCGCAUCCUCGCCCCGGUUUUGUUCAAGCUGGUGUUGUCAAAGGUGAGGAAGAAUAGGUGAAUGAGGAAUGAUCUGUAUUUAGGGCAUGGGUUAGGGUCUUCAGCCCGUUCGCGUGCCUGCUAUUGUGAAGUCUUCUUCCUUGAUUGAUUGAUUGAUUGAUCAAUGGGAGGGUUGGAAGCCCUCUAUGUAGCAUUGGGAGGGGUGGGAGAUAUAUAUAUAUAUAUAUAUAUAUAUAUAUAUAUAUAUAUAUAUAUAUUAUUUUUUUUUUUCCUUUCUCAUCAUGAUUUUUGAUUUACAUUUUCUUCUCCCUGAAACUUCUAGUUAUCAGUUUCUGCCUACCUAUAUUUUAUUUUUAUUUUAAAUGUUCUUUGAAUUCUAUUAGAACUCUAUAUUGAACUUUAUUAGAUAUACAAUGUUGGCUUUUUGGGUCAAAGUUUUUGUUGUCUACAUCUCAAAAGUUUUUUUUUUUCUUUUUUAACUUUUGCUGCUACGGUUGUUUUUCUGUGCUGAAAUGUGGCCCAGCCCCUUUGCCUCUCAGUUAUUGUGCUCAUGACAGGAAACUGAGGAAAAAAGAAGAGAUGAGCAUGUUUACAUAUAUUAAGUCCCACAUAUGAUUAUGUAUAAAUUAAUAAUAUUCUCCUCGUUACCACAGCAUUUGAAUGCUUACUACAGUAAACUGGAUAUGUACACAUACUACAUUAUCCUAGCAAAUGCCACCCGGUCCCAGGUAAUUUGCAGAAUUAUUAUCAGGCUAGUAAAGUGUAUCUUUGCUUCUUUAAACAGGAUAUAAUGUUUACACGCUCAAGAUCAGAAAUCAGAAUCUUUGAUUAUAUCGCUGACAUUAACAGCAUAUUGAUUCACAUGCAGACCUACCCACAGAGGGUUUUUAAACCAAGUGGGUCAAAUCUACACCUGCAAAGUUGUCACUCCCCAGUGGCAACCUCUUGUUGUCACAGGUUUCUUUCUUUCCCAGACUGGAACCAACAAGUGGGUAACUCCUUUUUGUAGUUUUGAGUACCAAGAUGUUGCACCACUUCAGUAUCGCCACGUUGCUUUCCAUUUCUACUUUUUAAAAAACUGUUUACGGUAAACUUGUGCCUAAUUCUGUUCUGAGUAAACAAAAAGAAAACUGGUUCAAGCGGACACACAGUGUUGCUCUGUCUUAAAACAAACUUGUGGCCUUUUUGGAAAGCCUGUAAUUAACUGACAACACUAUCUACAAAUCCAGAUCUUAGCUUGAAAGAACACAAACUGACAGACCGAAGUCUUAAUGUAUUUGUCGAAGUUCAAUCUCUUAGAUGCAUCUUGGUGGAACAAAGAUUAUAUCACAGGGAUGUUUUCUUUUACCUCCGUAGUAUUUACCACCUACUUUCAACACCAAACACUCCCAUUUUUAUAUUUUUUCCCUCUUGUUUCUUUUUUUUUCUUUUUCUUUUUUGCCUUUUUGUCUAUAUCUUGUUUGGGAAACCAUGUGCUGGUUUUCACCCAGAAAGAUAUGCACAGCUUUUACCCUUGGUAACAUUCCUCCUCCCCUGUAUUGUAGUUACUUUUGUGGAUGGUAUGAGUAUGGAUAAUUAAUACUUGAUCCUCACCUGGGAGUCAAAAGAGCUGAUAUUCUAUGAAACUAUACUAUGAAGACAGAUGUAAUCUGGAACAAACCCCCGUACUGCACAGACGGGCUGCUGACUUUUCAGCCAUCUCAAUAGGUAUCCUUUUCUUUAACUUGAAUGUUCUUUCACUUGGACUGCUCCACCCUGUGGUCCUCUCCUCACAGCCAUUGUGUGUCCUUUUUGGUCACAAACAAAAUAAUUCCAUUUGGACACAAAAUUGAGUAUGGCGACUGCCCCAUCACUUAACUCUUUCUAUUAAUCUCAUGUUUCGUCUACCAGGCCUAUGCAAAAAAUGUCUCCGUAUGUUAACUGCAGGGGGAAGCACCAGAUAAAGUAACCUCCUCGGGUUUUAGUUACAGAGCUCAAACAAUCGUGGACUUAAACUCGUAGACAGACGAAUACCUUUGGUUUUUUCUACUACAUUUCAGUCGAGGUUAAUCUUUGAAACCUGCUUUAAUGCACUGAUGAGAUGUUUCAAUGGUACACACGUUGCUUCUCGUGUUUCAUCAGCUCCUCUGCUGUCAUCCUGUGCCCAACUAAACACAGCCUUCCCCCAUACCUUAUCACACUAUUGACCAGCUGGGACUUCAGACACAUUUGGAUUUUUGUGUUUUUACCCCUUAACCUUGUGCAUCUGUCCACUCCUCUUCCUGAAAAGUGAAGAAAAGGUACAAAUUGGUGGAAAUCAUCUCAAAUCUUAGCUUUAAACACCAGUGUUUCUUUAGACUUUAUUUUUUACAGGAUUGAAAGAGUCGAUGGACAUUUCAAAGAGGAAGCAGCUGGAAUGAUUUCAUCUUGGACUGUGCUUACACUACAUAAGGUCAAUACUGUUGCUUUACUGAGUGGACUUUGGACCGCAGUCCCUCCAGCAUUCCAGCUGUAAACAGUAUUUGGGAGUUAAAUUUCAUCGCUUAGCUGUUUCUUAAAUAUCUUCUCUUACAUGGAUGCUUGAGCUUUCUUGGGGAAAUGGAACCAAACGAGUCCCAAAAGUGCAAAAAACCCAUCUGCUUCUGCUCCCUUGGGUCUUCUAUCCGUCCUUUUAUUUUACUUCUCUCCGCUCUACGAAGGGUUGAUCUCUCUUUGCUCUGUUUCUCUCUCUGAGGGAAUGCAAUACACUGUCGACCCUCAGUUUGACAUGAAUCUAUUGACAUUUUUGUGUAUAUGAUAUUACUGUUAAUGACUGAUAAAUAUACAGAACUUAUUUUUAUUUUGUUACAUUUCAUAUAUAUAUAUAUACAUAAAUAUAUCUAUAUUAAAAUGUUUACAAUAAGAUUUUUUAAUUUUUCUUUUUUUGUUUUUUACUUUCUCUGAGUGAUUAAGUGAAUGAAGAGUUGGAAACCCAGAAAUGUUGCAGGAGAGUGUCAAUGCUAUCUGCUUGUAGUAUAGUAAUUAGUUAACAGUAUUGAUGAUAAUAGUAUUGAUAGCUGCCGUUUAACCUAGUGGAAAAUGGAAUGUGCAUCACGAGCAUGUCUUCAUAAUGUACCGCCAAUGUAAAACGUCACACUGCAACUGUAAAAAGGCCAAGGAUUCAAGCUGCCUGUCAUGUCUGUACGCCACCAAAUUAAGAACGGUAUACUGUAAAAUGUAUCUUAGAUUAUCUAUAUAUAAAUACAUAUAUUGUUAAGCUGUUCCAACAGUUCAAAGUAUUUGCUAAUUUUACUACACUUUUGUUAUGUAUAUGUGGGGGGAGUCUUAUGGCAUAUAAAUUCUUCAAAUUGAGUCAGGAGUUUAAAAGCAGACUAUAUUUUAUAACGGCCUUUUAAGUUAUUGCGGCCAAAGCACUGAUAUUAUAUAUUUGCUGUAAAGAGAAUUUAAGAGUUUUAUUUUUCUGAUAUUAAAGUUACUUAAUAAAGACUGUUUCAUUUAAAGCCA